AUGGAGAAAAUGGAAAUGGUUUCAUCUUAAUUACCAUUAGUAAAGGAUAGAGGUGAAUGGAAUCAAUAGACAUUUAUUAUUCGACCAAAAUUUGAAAAGAAAACUCGCUAGAGUAUUGAUAAUUAAUUAGAGAUACAGUUUCCUUUGCACAGAGAGUUUGAUUUUGUAGCAAAUCAUGCAUUAGGUUUUAAAGGGAAAGGAAAUGUGGAUUUGUUUAAGUUCUAUUAUAGAUUAUACAUGAAAAAUAAGUUUGCAAUUCAGAAAAUAAGAAAGGAGAAGAAAGCAAAAGAUGGAUAAAAAAAGAAUGAGAUUACAAAGAAGUAAUAACUAAAUUAGACCGAAGAACCAAAUACAGAAGAAAUACGUAAUGCAUACAAAACAAUACAAAUUAAACCUCCAUCAUAGUAGAAAUAACUGAAAUUUGUAAGGGAUUGUAUUAAGAAUUUAUAAGAAAAGGCUGCAAUAGUAAAUAAACAUAUAGAAUUGCCUAAAUUAGUUAGUCCAUAAACUUAAAUAAAAGUAGUGAACAUGGAUGUUACAAAAAUUCCUUAGGCAAAAACUAGGGAUUAAUAAUUAGAACUGGAAGAAUUAAUGUUAAGUAGAGUUGUAUAAGCAAUUUAAGAAUCUUAGAUGGUUUCACAUGAAGAUGUAAGAAAAGUAAGAGAAAUCAUUCUUUAAAGACAUAAUUAAUUAAGUGAGAUGGAGAGAGAAUUAUAAUUGAAUCAAAUACUCGGAAUUAAAAAAUAAAUAUAUGAAAGAGAAGUUGCUAUGAAAAAUGAACUUAAUAAACCUCCAGGAAUUGAUAAUCCUGAUAAUUUUAAUGAAUUAAGUUCUAUUUAAGAAGUAUCACUUAUUCGAUCUAUUUAAUAUAAAUCUUAACCAAAUGUCAGUGUUACUGAAUAUAAAUUUAAUAAUUAUGAAGAUGAACCUGAAUCUAAUGAUAUCACUAAUAAAUCUAAAAUAGAUCUUAAAUAGAAGUAAAUUGAAGAAACACUAAUCUAAGAAUAAUCUACUGAAAUGCAAUCCAUCUUAUAAUAAAUUAGAUCUUCUUCUAUUGUCACAAAAGGAAAUGAAACUGAACCUAGUAAAGAUAAAAUAUAAGAUAAAAAUAAAUUAUUACCUACAUUAAAGUUUUUAGAAUAAGCCAAAUAAUAGAUAGCUUAAAGAUCUGAUAAUGAUAGCCAAUAAUUAUUGUAAUAACCAUACUUCUAACCAGAUAUUGAAGAUACAAGCAAAUCAAAAAUUUAGUAAAGUUUAUCAAUGGUUUCGUAAUUAUAAAAUAAAACCAGUAAAACAAUUAAAUCUAGUAUGAAUAGAUCUAAUUAAUUGAUUUCUUCUUCAUCUAAUCAUCAUUCUAAUUAAUUGAGUCUUGAAAAGAAACCUAUUGAAUCUAUGAGAAAGAGUGCUUAUAAAUAAAAUAAUGAAGAAUUGAAACCUAAACAUUCUACUAAAGAACUUGAUGCUAGUGAUGAAUUCAAAUUUGAAAGAUAAAACUAUUAUGAAAUGAAAUUUAGUCAAAUCUUAUAAAGAGUUAUUGAUUAAAAGAAAAUUCAAGGAGGAGAAGAAUCUUAGCAUUCUUAAACACUUUCUUAAGUUGAAUCUGAAACAGUCUAAAAAAUUACUUAAAAUUUAGUAACCAAUAUAAUUAAUAUGCAUAAAAAUCCUACUCCAGUUAUGGAUUAACCUUCAACUUUUAAUUAUCUUGAUAUAGAAUCUGAUGAUUAAGAAAAAGCAACUAAAAGUAUACCAGUUAUAAAAAAUGAAGAAAUACCUGAUGAACCAUAGAGACAAUUAUCUUAUAAUAGAGACAUAACUCAUCUAGAUCAUACAUUUAAAAUUGAAAGUUAAGUUUCUCUAUCAGAUAAAAGAUUGAAUGAAGAAUAAAUUGCUAAUAUUAUAUAAUAGAUUUCAUAAUAAUUACAAUAAGCUUAAAUUCCUCCGGAUUAAAUUGAUAAAUAAUUACAUGAAGUUACAAAUAUCUUGCUUAAACAUCCUAUUGGUAAAUUGUCAUCCAAAUUAAUGAAAUAAUCUACAACUAUUAUGUAAAAUGAACCAACUAGAAAAAUCUAUUUAGAAGAAACUAGGUAUCCAGCUAAACCAACUAAAAUUACACAUAAUAGAGAUUAAAUUGAUUAUUUAAAAUUUUAUGAAGAAAAUGCUCCAUCUAAAUAAGAAAAAUCAAAAAAAAGUUAUAAAAUGCUUGAUAAUUCUAAACGAUCUAAAUAAUCUGCAUUACUUAAAAGUAUGUCUGAAGAUGAACGUAAACAAUUUCUAGAUUCUCAUAAAAUGAAUCUCUAAGAAAGAGCUAAUUCAUAAGAAAUGGAUGAAGAAAUGUAAUUUCUAUAAUCUGUUAUAGAUGAUUAAAAAAAAUAAAGAGAAUAGAUUUUCAAUAAAAAAUAAUCGCAACCAAAUUAAUCAGGUAAGAAUACAUCCAGAGAUUAAAUUGAUUUCGAUGAAUCAAGUGAAAAAUAAUAAAAUACAUUUCGUUCUCAUAAUCCACCAACCAAUAUUAAUUAUGAAUCUGAUUAAAUUAAAUAAGGUUAAACUGAAACCAAUUUUAAUAUAAGAAGACCUUAGAUCAAAUAAAAAACAGAUUAAACUUUCAAUAAAUCUGAAAAUACUUAACAAUUUUAAAUCUCAAGUUAAUAAGGUACAUAAAGAACUGAACCUAAUAAAAGUAAAACUAAAAGAAUUAAUUAAGAAGAAAAUGAUGGAUCAUAAAAAUCUUAAGGAACUUAUAAAAGUCUAAAGCAAGGUUAUAAAGAUAGAAGUGAUAAAGAUAAUGAAAAAUAAGAAAUUCAUUCUCCAAAUACAUCAGUUGAAGAAGUACCUCAUCAAGAUGAAUAAGAUCAAUAAACUGAUAAGGAUGAUGACUAUUAUGAGGAAGAAAUCCAAUAAUAAAUAGAUGAAAAUGGUAAUACAAUUAAUGUAGUAACCAAAAGGAGUUUUAAACCAGUUACAGAAAGAACAAAAAAAACUGAUCCUAGAUAAACUGAAAGAUCUAAAAAAUCAAAAUAAUCAGAUUAAUAAUCAUAAUUAUAAGUUAAUAAAUAAAAUCCAAGAGAAAAAACAAAAUAAUCUUAAUAUAAAGAAUAAGAAUAAAUUUAGGAUCAGUAAGAGAACUCAAAUACAUAACAAUAGCCAAUUUAAAAAUAGAUAUCAUCUUAAUAAUAAUAAUAAUAAUAAUAAUAAGAAGAAUAAUAAGAAGAAUAAUAAUAAUAAUAAUAACAAUAACAAAUUUAAUAAGAAUAAAAUAAUAAUAAUAAUAAUAAUGAAGAUAGAUAAAUUAAAUUAAAUUUUUAACGUUAAGACAGUAAUUAAAAUGUUGCUGAAAAUUAAUCUUAAUAGAUUUAUUCUUAAUAAUUAAGAAAUAGAACAAAUUUAUAGGAUAUUUAAUUGAAAAACUUUUAGCCUUCAUAAAAUUAAUCUUUGGUUAAUAGCAGUGGAACACCUCAAUAAAAUAAUACUCCUUUAUAAGUACCUGGUAGAAAAUAGGGAAAUAAGAAAACAAAAUUUGAAGAUUAAAGUGGAAACAAUAAUAGUAAUACACCUUAAGCAAAAUUAUAAAGAGUAAAAACAAAACUUUCGAGAUUUUAGGAAGCAGCAAAUAAUAAUGAUGAUGAUGAAUAUGAUUAUGAUUGGGAUGAAGAGGAUCCAAGUAAUAAAAAAAAGAAAAUUACAUCAAAAUCAAGUAAAUCAACAUUAAGAAAUGAUAUUUAAUCGCCAUCUAUAUCUCCAAUGACAAAGUAGCAAAAUCAAGCAACAUUGGCAAAGAAGAAAGUUUAUGAUCUAAAAUAAGAAUAUGAGUUAAUUGCAAGAUAAAAUUUAAGUUUGGCAGAUUUGAAAAGAGAUAUUGAAAAGAAAAUAUGUCAAUUAUAAAAUCCAGAUGAUGAAGCAAAAUAUAAUAUUUAUUUAUGUAAGAUUAUUUAAUAAAACAUAUAUAGAUGAAUAACGUUAAAAAUAAUUGAAGAAUUUACCUUAAACAAUAGAAGGAUUAAUAAAUGACAAAAGAGAAAAUGAAGAUACAUGUGGGGAUACAAUAAGAAAAUUUCAUGAAAAUAGAAUGAGAUAUAAAGAUGUUAUAGAAAAGGAUUAAGCACUUAAAUUUACAAAUCAAAUAUAAUUAGAUGAUGAUUAAUAAACUUAAAUUAACACUUAGUCUCAUCUUGAUGAAUAUAUGAAAGAAGUAUAAAUGAAUAUAUAAAGAAUGAUUUAAUAGGUGUAAUUAGGUAAAAUAUUAGAUUAAUUUUUAUUAGAAUAGAUGAGAGAUCAUCCAGAGGUAAGAAGAGAAUGCUUUGAUUAUGAUACUAGUCUUAUGUAGUAAAGGAAAAUGGAAUCAUUAACAAGUGAGAUAGUGUAGACAUAAGCAUAAAUGAAAAUAUAUGAAGAACCUACAUAAGAAACUUAGAGAAGAACUCAACAUGUAGAAUAAGAUUCUGUAGUGUCAAAUUUAAUUGAUAAAAAAUUUGAUGUUUUAGCAUAAAAAUUAAGAGCUUUGAAAAACAAGAAUCCAGAAAAAUUUAAUUAAAUUGUAAGUACAGAAAUUGUAAAAACAGAUUUAUUUUUAACAACUACCAAACACAAAUAUAUAUUAGAAUGA